AUGCACUUCAACUCUCAUCUCCUUCCUGUUAUUUUCACAAUUAUUUACGUUUCCUCCGUUUUCGGUCUUGAAGAAUCCGACUCUUUCGCGUCUCGAAUGACUGCACAAUCGUCAACUUUACCCAAAGUUCCAGCGACAGGUUUGGAUGUCGAUAGAUACCCGGUAGGACCUGAAGGGCUUGAGCUGGAACAAGUUCAUGUUUAUGUUCGACAUGGUGAACGAACACCUGUAGGCGUACGUUUGAACAAUCAACCAGCGAACAUACCAGAGCAUUGGUCACUAUGCAAAACCGCCCGUCAGAUGCAACAAAUGCCGGUAGUGAACAAGGCCAGUGGUAACGACCUUCUGCCGAUGAAAAAGCUCGUUGAGAGAACGGACGGAUCGACCGUCGAAGCUGAAUGUCUGUUGGGUGAAUUGACGGAUCUGGGGAGAAAGUCGACGUUAAAUUAUGGAACUUCACUCAGGAAGCUCUAUAUCGACAAGCUUGGAUUCCUACCCGACACCCUCGAAGAUUCGCGACAAGUCUACUUUCGUACGACCAAUAUGCCUAGAACCACGGAAUCACUUCAACAAAUUGUCAGCGGUUUAUACCCCUCUUCCAAAUGCAACCGGGACGGGAUGCCUUCUAUUCUCGUGCGAAAUGGACGUGACGAGAACCUGAUCGGGAAUACUUCGAACUGUAAACGAUUAGAAGUCUUACUGGUAGGUUUCGCACAAGCGGCUGCUUCCGCUUUCAAUCCUACUCUCGAACCUCUCGACAAGAAGCUUUCAAAGUAUCUAGGCGGGAAACCUAUACGGGUGGACGGAAAGCCCAGGGCUUCUGGCAUCAUGGACACUAUAAGAGCGGCUGUUGUCCAUGGAAUCAAAGUUCCUCCAGAGUUUGAAGAUAAAAACAUCGUCGAUACUCUAGAACGUGCGGUCAUCACGGAAUGGUUUUCAGGUGCGUUAACCCAUUAUACCAAACUCCUUAUUUGCUUACGCUCUUUUCAACACCAGGUUGUAAGUAAAACUGCCUUAACUCACCCGCCGCUUGGACAUCGCCUAAACCUUCCUCUAAAAGACAGAACAGAAGAAGUCCGUCGAUUAGGCAUGGGCCGACUACUCGACGACCUAUCUCGGAAAAUGCAACACAAAGCCGACUAUGGCGAAAAGGACCCGUUGAAGAUACUCCUACACAGCACGCAUGACACCGGUAUUGCAGCUGUUUGCUCGACUCUUGAUGUUUUUGAUGACAAAUGGCCAGCAUUCACAGCUUCAGUUACCUUCGAGCUGUUCAAGAAGACGAGUCCAGCUCCUAAUCAUAGCGUGUCGAUGAUUUCACAACUCUUGAUGUCUUCCUUUAGUGCAACUUCUAAGCCGGAGUACUGUGAGUUUUGUCUUCCGUCUUCUACUCCCACUAAGCGCUCCGCACAUGAGGAGUCUGGGACCCAUGGUACUCAUGAAUACUAA